AUGUCUGCGAAACCCGACAAUGACUCUCUUCGGCAACUCAUCGUUUUUCAUACAGUGAAUAUCUCACUGGGUUUGGUGUGCUCAGUGUUAGCCACGACUCUCAUUUUCAUCUUUAUCACAAGUACUCGGAUGCUGAAUCGAAAUCGAUUACUAUUCACGCUUUCUCUGGCCGAUUUCUGCAAUUGCUUGGCGAUCACCCUGAUGGGAGUCGAUCGAGUCACACUUUAUGAGGAUCUACUAGACGGAGGAUCGGCGAGCAGUAAACGAGCCGGUGAAUGCGCUGCAGAGUUGUGGCUUUUCUUCAGAACAAUCGGUGAUUUAUGGCCACCAAUCGUGCAAACAAUGAUCGGUUUUGAGUGUCUACUCAAAGCAUGUCAAGGGAAAAAUCCGAUUAACAGAUCUCGACAAUUUCAAAUUUUCACCGUUUUAUUCGUGAUCUGGGCAUCAAGUCUUGGCUAUGCGGUGGCCUACGGGAGAAGGAAUGAAAAGGCCAAAUAUUUCUGCGGUCGGAAAGCGGCUUUUGGGCGAGCGUUUUCGGUUUUCAUUUAUGCGCAUAAUGUUUUCGGAUACAUUGCCGGAUUGGUGCUCAACGUUACAGCUUAUCGAAUUGCGAGUAUCGAUUCGAAUAGUCAUAGGAUCAAUCCGUCAGUGAUUCGACAAAUGAGAGUUUGCAUCAUGGUCUCUUUACUUUCCACAGUUCUCGUCUCGAUACCAAAUUCUCUAUCUCUGAUUUCGGCUGUUCAUCUAUCGUCGAUCAGCAAUGCUAUAACGAAGCCCGCGGUUUAUGCAACAUGCAUAAAUUCGGGUAUCAAUAUAUUUGUAUACUUUGUUCUCAAUUCUGAUUUCAGAAGGCGUUGCAUCUUUUUGCUGACAAGAGAAGAGUUCUCUAGCAACGAACUUUAUAUGGAUGCUGACGAAGAAGAAGAUAAAGAAUGGAUCGAACAACAAUCCAACAUCAAUCCCACGAUUUCCCAUCAAAAACUCAUCGAA